CUUUUCAUCCGACACGUUUGACAGCUGUACAUAUAUUGACGUGAUAUCUGACGUGCUGUGUUUUCACAGCCACACUUCGUUGUGGUUCAGCCGUGGACUCCUGAGUGUUUUUCCUCUAUUUCUUUUUCAGCCUGCUUCUCUUACAGUGUACACACAACUAUAACUGUACAACUGCAAGACAAAGUAUGACAUAAACAGACUUCCAUCUGGUCAAUUUCAUAAGUAUAUAUUUAUAUUAUAUUUAGAAUAAACUGCAACACACUGCAUGUCCAGUGUUUGUCUGCUUUGUUUCGUUGAAACAACACCACAAAUUGUAAAUGUGUUUUGCCCCCGCACUGUCAGUGAACCCACCAGGACCUGCAUCAGCUCGUUCAUUGUGAGCAUCGCCGCUCACAACAGCACGCUGAACUUAGGCUCCGACUGGAACCACCACGAGCGCACUUCGUGACCUCUGACCCUGUUUCUCAAACACUGUGCAAAUGAGUGUGAAGACGCAGAGAGAACAACGGACUCAAUGAGAGUCAUGAGAUAACGCUUCAUCUCUCUGGCUGGUGUCCAGUCAUGAGUGGGACGUCCCCUUUUAGUUCCAGCUCACUUCAGCAACAGCACAACUUGAUGUUAUUUCAGAGUGCGAGGUCAGAGCAAAGGUCAAUCGCCAGUAAACCUGCUCACUCAUCGUGGACUCCGCUUCAAAACUUCAGUGCUUGUGCUGCCGUCGAGCAUGUGAGCUGCCAGGGCCUGUGCUCUUUUUCUUUUUUUUGCCGAAGCAGCAGUGAUGUGUGAAACCGAAUGCACGGGCCAAUCAGCAUCACUUUUGUCCUCGGCUGCACAGUCUGAGAAAAAAAAGAGGAAGCGGGGUUUGAGGCUGACUGCCGACUCUCUCUGCGAGGACACACACACACACACACACACAGUCAGACCGGAAGGAUUUUUAGAACCCAGUUCUUCUCCUCUUCUUUGGUUUUAUUCUGAUGCUCAGAAUAAAGGAUUUAAUGCGGCCACCUGUUCCCUUCCAUCCAAGAGCUCCAGUGUGAGCCAGCUCCAGUUCCAGCUGGCCUCCCCACUGCGCUGCUCCUAUGGCGGACUCUCCUCUUAACAACUCCUGGCCCUCCUUCUCCAAACUCUGGAUGAAGAGAUGGUCCUUGAAGAGAGCAUCGGAGUGCAAGCCAUGCAGUUUGCCCUGUGGCCCUCCCAGUGCCCGAGUCAGUGUCCAGCCUCCUGUUCCCAUCUGGAAAAGAUCUUCCCCCUCACCAUCACCUGCCUCUAUCGCCGAGGACGUCUUCUUUGGUGACACCAGUGACGACCAGGAUGCGUGUUCAGUAGUCAGUGACUACGACUGCCCCGGCGUGGAGGUGGGGAGCAGCGUGGAAGACCUGCUUGGCUUCAGCUCCUCUCUCAGAGACUCUGAGUACUUCAAAGACCUGGAGGGAGGCCCACCGGCUUCACAGUCUGCUACGUCCACAGUGAGCACGGUCCCAGAGAGCCGACAGGUGGUUUUAAACGCAGACCCUCGUGCCAUCGACCUGCCUGCGCAGACUUCCCUGACCACUCUCUCCCCUCGAGUCAAUGCACCAUCACUGCCCUGCUGUAAACCGCCUGCGGAGGAACCUCAUCGCAGCCUCGUGGUCACUCAGCUCAGUCCUAAGCUACUGCCAGGUUGUGUCAUUGACAGCGGUGACUCCUCAGGCCCCGCAGUCGGGCUUAGUGUGACGAUUAAUCUGAGUGGACUGUUGGGAUCAGGGGAAACGGCAAAAGGAAGAACAGGAUCAGAGGGAGUAAAGGCGCCAACCACGAUGGAUUUGGAGCCAGACGAGGACAGCUUUCCUAUCCUGGUCAGAUCCAUGUCGACGUCUCGAAGGCACAGCUUGGGCGUCCCCGUGUCCCCCAUCAACCUGGGGAGGAGACUGAGUCUGGAUACCAUGGCCACGGACAGCGACGGGGAGAGAGAGGAUGAUGAGGAGAGACAGAAUAGUCUCUUCGAGUCCACCCAGCAGCAGAGCUGCACAGCCUGUCCCGUGGAGGAGAGAGAUGAUCCCAGGCGGAGGGGCCCCUGUCCCAGAGCCAGGGUCACUAGCAUGGCCAGCGGUGCGCUUGGCAGACAGCUGUAUUCCCGCUCAGAGAUCCUCGCCACGGACGAGUGUUCCCGUGCUGCACACAUUUCUCGUGUUGUACAGACGUCCAAACAGGCUGCAAGGGCAGCAGGAGCAGAGGAGUUUGACCCUGAGGAAAACCUACAUUCUACUGACGGACAGAGCCAUAUGCUGAUGGUACAGAAAGUUCUGCAGGAGCUAAAGUUAUACCAUGGAGUGAAACAGAGGAACAACAGGUCAGAUGUCAAAGUUUCUGGAAAUGUCACCUGGUACGAGUUCCUCUCUCAUGAGACUGAGGAGGAGGAGGAUCGUACAGAGAAGGUGGAGAAAGGCACCAAGGUGAAGAGGACUCUUAGCUCUUUGAGGAACAGAGUGACAGGCUCCUUCAAUAAAGACAAGGGUAAGAACCGAGAGAAAGAGCAGCAGAAAGAAAAGGAGAGGGAAGCCAAAGAGAAAGUGUGCGGCAGCCGCAGCAGCAGUGGGCAUUACUUGGUGCCAGGCGCGUUUUCCAGCUGUGCCACCUGCUCGCUGUGCAGCAAGACCCUGCAGAAAAAGCAUGGCCUGCAGUGCAUGAAUUGUGCUGUGAACGUUCACAAGAGCUGCAAGUCUCUGCUGGGCGAGUGCACCAGCAGCAAGAAUAAGAGAGAUUCUGUACCGAAGACCGGCUCAUCAGGAUCUCCUAACCUUGUGCUAAAAGACCGAGACAGAGAGCGGGAUCAGUCAGGCCCAGCCUCAUCACAGACCCUGGAUGGCCACCCAGGUUUCCUCUGCACCCCAGGCAUGACCAUUAGUCACUGGGGACCCAACACUCAUCUGACUGCCUCCCACACCACCAGCUCCACUGCAGCCGCCCCUGCCUCCAGCCUUGGCCACAGCCUCCGUCACCACAACAGCUCAGGAUCCCUCCCUGGGGAGAUGGAUGAGACCGAUGCUCUCCGCUCAAAACGCUGCAACGAAGAUGCCAUUUCCCUCGCUCCCUCCACCACCGAGUCCAUCCUCGUAGAAGAUGCUCACUACGCAGCAGUGAGGGCCGAUCUGGAAUCUGAUGCCCAGGACCUGGAGGCUGAGUCAUGGAGUUUGGCAGUGGACCAGCAGUAUGUGAAGAGGCACUCUAAAGAAAUGGUGAAGAGACAGGAUGUGAUUUAUGAGCUGAUGCAGACGGAGAUGCACCAUGUGCGAACACUGAAGAUAAUGCUGCACGUCUAUGUCCGAGAGUUGAAAGAGAACCUCCAGAUGGACCCGGGCAGGCUGGACUGUCUGUUUCCCCGCUUAGAAAACCUGCUCGAGCUCCACACGCAUUUCCUGUCUUGUCUUAAAGAGCGACGGCGAGAAAACCUCGUCUCCUCCAACAACAGGAACUACAAUAUCAACAAAGUGGCAGAUAUUCUGAUCACACAGUUCUCAGGUGAAAUUGGAGAGAGGAUGAAGGACAGCUAUGGAGAUUUCUGCAGUCACCACACUGAGGCUGUCGGCUACUACAAAGAACAACUUCAAAACAACAAAAAGUUCCAAAACACAAUAAGGAAAAUCAACAACCUGUCCAUCGUGCGGAGGUUAGGAGUGACCGAGUGUAUUCUGCUGGUGACCCAGCGUAUAACCAAGUACCCAGUACUGGUGGAGCGCAUCCUGCACAACACUGAAGCGGGAACAGAGGAGCACGAGGAUCUGACCCGGUCUCUGGGUCUGAUUAAAGACACCAUCACUCAGGUGGACACGCUGGUUAAUCUCUACGAGAAGACGUCUCGUCUCCGAGACAUUCACAACAAGAUGGAGCCAAAGGUAAUGGGAAAAAUCAAAGAUGGCCGAGUGUUCCGCAGGGAGGACCUGGCACUGGCCAGGAGACGACUGCUUCAUGAGGGCACCGUCAACUGGAAAGCUGCUUCUGGCAGGCUCAAAGAUAUUCUCGCAGUGCUUCUGUCGGAUGUGUUGCUCUUGUUACAAGAGAAGGACCAGAGAUAUGUAUUUGCUACGGUGGAUAACAAGCCGUCAGUGAUCUCUCUUCAGAAGCUGAUAGUCAGGGAAGUGGCCCAUGAGGAGAAAGCCAUGUUUCUUAUCUGUGCUUCCUCCAACGAGCCAGAGAUGUACGAGAUCCACACCACCUCCAAGGAGGAGCGCAACACUUGGAUGACACAGAUACGGCAAGCUGUCGAGAGCUGUCCUCAUACAGAAGAGAGGCUGUUCAGUGAGGAGGAAGAGGCCCGAGCUUCCAGGUUCAAAGAGUUUCAAGAUCGUAUGAGCCAGAAGGAUUCAGUAAUCUUCCAGACUCUGACUGAGAAGCUGCAGCUGUUUGCAGACAUGGCAGAGUCUGUGGCCGGCCUGGAGGAAACAGCUUCACGUUCUAGACUUCUGCUUCGAGGAGACGCCUCAGACCUCCAGCAGGGGGAGGCCCUGCUCAAAGGGGCCAUUACUGAGGUGGAGAACCUCCAGAACCUGCUGCAGUCCGGAGUGAGGGAGGAGGCCCCGACCUCUCGACUGGAGGAAGGAGGCGGCUCUGGGGUUCUGCCCAGGCGAGCGGAUACAUUUGGGGGCUAUGACAGCAGCCCCAGCAUCCUCAGUAAGAAUGGCAGUGUGAAGAAGAACUCGUGUGGCGAGUCCAGAAACAGAGACAGAAGCCAGAGAGCCAGCUCUGACCCUCAGCUCAAAGACCUCUGUGGCAGCCACACCCUGGAGCAGACGGUUGACGAGAGCACCUGCUCUCCUGCCAGAUGGAACCGCAUCUGGUCCAGCUCCUUCCCCGAGGCCGAGUUCUUUGACAGGGUGCUGAUGCUUUCCCAAAGGCUCUAUAGUCUGCAGGCCAUCAUAUCACUGCAGGACAGUCACAUUGAGCUGCAGCGGGCGUCCUUGACAGAGCGGGCCUCCCUGCCCGGCCGCCACCGAGGCAACGUGCUCCUGGAGCAGGAGAAGCAGCGGACUCUGGCCCUGCAGAGAGAAGAGCUGGCCAGCUUUCACAAGCUGCAGUCGCAGCACCGGCAGGAGCAGCAUCGCUGGGAGAAGGAGAGGGAGAGGCACCGCCAGCAAGUGGAAGCCACUGAGGCUAAACUUCGACAAAGGGAGGAGGAGUGCAGGCGGCUGGAGGAACAUCUGGCAAAAGAGAGGGAGGAGCUCGACAGGCAGAGGGAGACGUACCAGCAGGACCUGGAGAGACUGAGAGAGUCCACCAGAGCAGUGGAGAAAGAAAAGGAACGCUUGGAAAACCAGAGGAAGAUCAAGAGGAAGACCAUUGAGGUGGCUCCUCUAUCCGGCAGUCUGAACGGGGAGCUCCUCAUGUCCUCCGGCCUCACCAGCGUCGCCAGCGUCUCCGACCUGCCCCUGCUUCAGAAGCCCCUGGUGCGCGGCAGCCUGUCGGUGGCGCCGGCCGACUACGCAGAGCGCCCCGAGGUGAUGCUGCGGCGGGAGGCGGGCUCGUCGUCCACGCUGCCGCUGAAGACGGAAGUGCCGCUCCAUCUCUUCAGCACCACCAACCAGCAGCACAAACUGGUCGGGGUGCAGCAGCAGAUCCCCACCAAGCUGGCCGCCUUCAGCAGUGGCAAAGGAAAAGUGGGCAAAAUUGGCAAAGCUUCGCAUCGCACCGACAGCACAGCCUCGGUGGAUAUGAAGCAGAUGCUGCCACUGAAGCUGUCCACCCGAGACGAAAAUGCCCUCAAGGCCAAGCGCUCCAUCAGCCCCCACCAGCAGCUCUCGCUGUCAGCCCUGCAUCUCCACACAGAUCAACUCAGUCCUCCAGACGCUGGUGGACCAGACACCCAAAUCACCUCCUCUGUCAGCACCUCCCACCCUCCUAAUGCCCAAAAGCCCCCCAUGCCUUCGGCACAGUCCCUUCCUCAGCCUCCCACCGUGCCCCCUCACUCGCAGAGCGCUGGACUUGUCCAGUUCCAGUCCCACGUGCAGCCGCAGGGCCUCAGUCCGAACUCCCAGGCCCAUGUGCAGGUAAACCACGGCCACAGUGUGCCGCCGCUGUACAAGAUCCCCACAGAAGAUCUCAAUAAGGAGGACGUCAUCUUCUUCUAAUCUCCAGUCAGCUCAAGAUCAAGAAAAACAAAAAAAAGGAAAAAAGCAUGAGAUGGUCACUGAUCCCCAGUUGAACUCGAGGUCCAUUUUCAAAGAGCCACGUUCAUGCGACAAUGUGAUGCUGACUGUAUAUUCAGUGAUGAAAGGUGGGUAGGGGAGUUUAAGUAACUGAACAAAGCCUUUGUAAGAGCGACAAGAAGGAGAGAAUCACAAAGAGGACUUGCUUUUAAACUGUUUUUAUUUAAUUUUAAAUUUUUUCUUUUUCUAAACAGCAAGUAUGAAUCGGGAACCUUUGGCAAACCAAAGGCUCCUUGUGACACGUAUGAAACGGUUUAAAUGAAGUUAUUACAAUCCAAAGACAUUCGCUGCGAGAGCGGAAGUGUAAUUUGGCUGAAAGGAACGGUGUGAAGGAAGAGACUCCGAAGUGAAAGACGCAGCGAUGGACCUCGACCAUCUGCUUCUACUGGACCUGGAACCACAAGGAACGAUUCAACAGGAACUCUGAAGAACUCAUGAACGCGCUCUGCGUCGUAUUUCAUUUGCACAGUGUGAAUACUCCAUUCCAGACUAAUGAAUGAACUUUUGAUGGACGAAAUGUGUGUUGUUUAGUUGUAAAGUUGUGAAGAAGGUUCAUUUGACUGAGUUUUCUUGGUCCUCUUAAUCGUGCUUAUUGCAAAAGGCCAACGCUGUGGAUGACAUCUUUAGUGUUGCCAGUGGUUGUGAACCCAGGCUGUUGUGUAAAAAAACAUGGUGGAGCUGUAGUUUUCUGUUCACAUCAAGACAUUUCAUGCUGUGUUGUUUUUAAGGGUAAAAUUGACUUUUAACUGCUUCAUAUUUGUGGAUUGUGACGUUGAGAUGUUCAGUAGAAGGCUUAAAGAUGCAACCCGAGAAUUAAUCACAACAAUUUUAGAGAAAGUCGAUAUGCACUGGAGAUAUAAUAAAAAUCCAUCAUUAGAAAAAUAGAACUUGCAAUAAUGUUUGCGCUAGUUUCUCCUGUAGAAUCGAGGCAUCCAAAGGUAAACUGCCUGAUAUUAUACAGACGAGGCAGACUGACGAUAAGGCCUGAAUGUGCAUAAUGGAGCAAAGUGUCGACACUGGUUUCUAUCUCCGAGUCCAGUAUAACCUCUGUACAAAGUCUCAUAGAGACAUGAUGCACAGAAGCAUUGUGAAGCUUAAAGAUUCACCUGUUCAAUUCUCUUUGGUCCUGUUUUUUCACGUAAAAUCUUUGUUUUUUUGUUUGUUUUUAAAUCUUGUGUCUCGAGCUCAUUUUGCUGAGUCGACAGUUUGUAAAAUUGUGAGAGUGGGUUGACUUUAGCUGCGCCCACAUACAUCUUUGAGUUGAUGAUGAUGUGAGUUUUUAACCAAGGCCCUCGGGUCUCAGUGGACGUGUGUUUUUAGUGAUUGAUGGUGACAUUUCAUUAACUGGGUCUUAAAUUUCUGUGCCUGAAAAAAAAACAAAGCAGAACUGUGACGGGCACAGUGGUCCUGCAGCAAGAAGGACGGUCGUCCUCAUCGUUCAUCACAGAGGAAAUAUGUGGGUGUCCCAUGUCCCAUGUUAUUACUUUUAUCUGUAAGUACGUGGGAUUCCUUUAAACAUCCUGAAGUAGUCGACGCGUUAAUGUGUCCGGUGUCUCUGGAGGGGAGGGGAGGGGAGGGGGGGGGAUAUCAGAAGAGCUUUUUGUCUUUGUCCAAACCAGCUCGUCUCUGACGAUGUGACCACUACCUGUGAGUUUUCCGAGUGGCGAUGUAUAUUAUGUAAAUUGCUGUACAUAUUGUACCUGAUCACUUCUGCACCACCUCCUUCCACACAUUCUUGUAUUAGAAAGAAAAAUGUUUUACAUGAACCAAGAUGCAAAAGUGGACCAAUGGUCUGUUUGGUGUAAAAUACACACGUGGCUGUGUAUGUACAGUACGGUACGCCUUGCUUGGAUAAACUCGUGGCGGUUUAUGAAAAAUCGGCCGUUGCUGUUGAUUAAAUCAACUCAAACUGAAGGUGUGUAUAUUUAAUCUCCUGGUGUGUGUUGACGUUGCAGCGUUGGAAGUCGAGAUGCACUGUCUUGUCUUUUGUCCCGAGACUCGUGAGUGAUGUCUCACCAAGACUACUGUAUGUAGCAGGAAAACAAAACUAAAACAUCUGCCCGCCUUAGUCGGUCAAACCAAAGAGACAUUCGGCUGACUGGGCUUCCUUCUGUGCUCGUGUACGAAGGAUAAAUGACACUGUGCUGGUUGUGUGGUCGUCCACAAAGUGUUGUGACUUGUGAAAACUUCCUCUUGGGAGUGUCCAUAACAAGCGUGUUUACGGCACGUUGCAGCCCGGUUCAUAUCCUGCUUCAGGUCUAACUUUUGGAUAUCCUCUUGUUUUGUAGCCUCACAUCCAAAUCACAAGAGUCUGUUUAUACACCGGUGAACAGAAUAUUUUAAGAGUCAUCUUGAAACUACACACGCACAAAAAACCAACAACAAUAAAUACGGUACUGCCCUGUCGUGGCACUCUUUUUUUUUUAAUCUUCCAUGAACUUACCUAAAACUGUUGUUGAAGAAAUACUGUCUUUAUGUGGCCAAGAUCCAUGGACUGUUAAUGUACAUGUGAACAUACUUUUGGUGGUUUUCAUUGGGUGGAACCCUAUAGACCUUGACAGAACGAUCCAGAAUAAGUUCCUCUCACUUGCCUUUUUCACCCCCGACAGCUUUCAGCCAUCGCACAGUCUUCUGCCAGUGCUUCAAAAAACUCAAACCCAGCAUGAACGAGUAUCUUAAAAGCUCUGUCAAUAAUGUCGUUCCAGGUCGUCGCUUGCAUAUCGUGACGAGUGAGCAAACUCCAUCGGCAGAUGAAAACCUCAUGAUAUGCUCUAGAAAGCUCUAGAAAAAGCCAGUAAGUUGACCCGGGGUUUUCUCCCCCCCCCCAAGCUCUAGAAUUAAGUUUUAUUCCCAUUCCCACUUUUAUCUGAGUCUUAAUGUUGCUCUCUGGAUCAACUCAAGUCUUAAAUAUUGUUUCACUGUACUGAACUGCUCAACCUUUGCCCUGUUUGAAAACUCUGAAGCCAGUCGGUCACAUCACUGUGUGUGCCUGCUUGUGUGUGUGUGUGUUUGUGUGUGCGCGCCAUCAUUCUCCACCAAAAACACAGUAGAAACAUUCCUUACCUUGUCUUCAAUUGUGUUUUACACACGUAUAUAUACUAUAUUCACACACACACACACACACACACACACACACAUAUUGGACCUGUAAUAAAUAAUCAUGAACAUAUUUCAUUUCCUCGGCCAAUUUUCCACUAGUCACUUUGGAGAAGUAGCAUACUUGAAGGGGGAAAGAUUAAUGUUUAUAAUGCUUAUUAUUAUUGUUGUUGUUGUUUGUGAACUUUUAUCUACCAAGAGCUGUCUAAUGAUGUUUGUAGCACACAGAGAUGAUUUUGUACUGUUUUAUUUUAUUCACCGCAAGAUGUUAGAUCGACCUGUGGACACAAACUGCUGCCUUAGAGAGAGAGAGAGAGAGUUUAGUAAUAAAAAAGUCUUGAAAUCA